AUGGGGCCCAUUUCCGCUGCUCCCCUGUUAAUACUGACAGUGGUUUGUCUCAGCUCACUAGCAGCCCGCGGUUUCGACGUCAGGCGUCACCUAGGCACGAAGACUCGCUACGCCUUUCGCCUGGCAGUUUCUAGCUCGCCUUCCGUCUACAAAGCACCGGAUCCGGAGGGUUACGACCCGGUGCAUCUCUAUCUGCUGGCCCGCCAUGGCACCCGGUGGCCCACUGGCGACCGCAUGCGGCAAAUCAACAGCCUUGAGGCGCUGUUUGCGGAUGCCCGCAACACCGCCGACCACCCGUGGAUCCGCAACUGGACGGCGCCCUUCUCCAAUGUGGCUCUGAUGGGCGGCGAGCUGCACCCCACUGGGGCGGACGAGCUUUGGAACCUGGCCUAUCGGUUGCGGAAGCGCUUCCCCUCCCUCUCUAGCCAGGACUACCUCCCCAAGCGGUUUCCUGUGGUGUCCACGCAGGUUGCCCGUACGGCAGCUAGCGCCAGCGCCUUCACGUCCGGAUUCUUCCCCGGCGUGGGGACCAAGGACCUCGCGGACGACUCGCGCGACGUCAACCCCGAGCCGCCUCGGGCGCCGGCGGAUGCAAAUGCGGUGCGGAGCGGCGGCGAGGUGAUGAAUAGCGACCCGGCGGGUCAGCCGCGGCGAGUGGCCCUGCAGGGAGGCAGGUUGAAGUCCCCGCUGGUGGCGGCCGCUGCUCUCCACGAGGAGCUGGAUGAGACAUUGCGGGACUCGCCCAAGAUCCGAAGACCCCAGGCGGUGGCCAUCAGCAUGGCCCCCAAGGACGCCGACCCGCUACUGCGCUUCUUCGAGGUCUGUCCCGCGUACGCCCAGCAUGACGAGUUCACGGAGAAGUGGAUCGGCCCCUGGAUGCAGGGCAAUUGGUCCCGCCUGGUGCCCAUCCUGGAGCAGCGUCUGGAUCUGCCUCGUGACAUGAGCCCAUGCGAAGUGGAGGCGCUGUGGCAGCUCUGCCUGCUCGAGGCGGGGCUGUACGACAUAACCAACCAGGCGUGUAGCCUGUUUGAGCCGGAGGAGGUGAUGAUGCUCGAGUGGGUGGACGACAUCCACCUUUUGGAGACGCAAAGCUACGGAGCGACCAUCAACUACGAAAUAGCGGCACCGCUGCUGCACGACGCGACGGAGGCGCUCAAGGCGGCGGCGGCGGCGGCCCACACGCCGGACGGCGCGAUGGCGCCCGUGGCUAGGUUCCUGUUUGCGCACUGCGAGACGCUGGUUCCUCUGGCUAGCUUGCUGGGGCUGUUCCGGCCCCCUGUCCCGCCGCCCCCUGGCGCCACCUCGGCGCAGCUGGCGGCCUCCGUGUCCCCCGCAGCCGCUCAGCGGCACCUGCGGAGGCUGGACACCCUGGAGGACCUGCACAUGAUGGCGACCGGGCUGCAGCACCUGAAUGCCAUUGGGCGGCGGGGCCCCGGCUCGGGAUCUCCAGGAAGCGGCGGAGGCGGAGGCCGCAGUCCCGGUAGCAUGGCCAGUGAAGAUUCCCACGUGUGCUACAAGGGCCGUCCUCCCCCCCCCACUGACUGGGUGGAGCCCCCCGAGGGCUGGUACCCCAUGUUCACCUGCGACGAUUACCGCAUGUUCAAGGGCGCCCGCAUCGCGCCCUUCGGAGCCAACAUGGCGCUGGUGCUAUACCGGAGGAGGGAGGGCGAUGGAGCUCCCAGAGGCCGGCCCAAGCACCUGGUACGGCUGCUGUACAACGAGCAGGUGCUGCCAGUGCCUGGCUGCAGCAGCGCCGCGAGUGGUCGUGGGGGCGAGGGGUCGGACGAGUCAUUGGAUUGCGACUUGGAGGAGUUCCUGCAGCUGGUCAAGGACAAGACUGAUCCGAAUGCUCUGGAGCGGUUAUGUGGCAGUGAAGGGGAGGAGAACCUCGCACGGCGGGUUGAGCGUGAUUUGGCUCAGCAAACCACCUUGGCCACGCUGGACCUGCGACCGAAAUGUCGCAACGGCGAGCAGCAACAGGAGUUCGGUCAACCUCAGCGCCUAGCUUCAGACACCGGCUCUUCCUGUCCGCAUUGCUCCGCGGCCUCCAACUCGGACGCCCUGGCGGGAGUCCCUAGAGGCCUGUGCCAGGGCUCUGCACGGGGCCCGCGUCAGGGCAAAGGCACGCAGCCCUCCGCUGUUGCAACCACAGCAGCGCCGGCUGUCGAUAUACAUCUACCUUCCUGUGCUCACCCCACCAGCGCAGGGGAUGGGAGAGCCGCCGCUGGUGUUGCAGGCGCUGUGCCUGCGGUCGCAGAAGCGCUUACAGCCCACGCGUUCUCCCGCCUUGCCGAGGCUGCAGCCCCGGGUCCCAGCCCCGACGGAGUGCUAUCUCCCGUAUCGCCGCCAUCCUCCCGCCGCAGCUCCCUCUCCAACUUGGCCGCGCUGCCCGGCACCCAAGAUGUCACCUUGCAUAACGGUGUCGGCCUAGCUUGCAAGUCCUCCUCGGAUGUGGAGGCCGCUCCUUGUGCUGCAGCAGCUGCUGCGGCUACCGCAGCUACCUCCUCUGCUCCGGUGAGGUCGGGCUCCAGCACCAGCCUGUCCACCGGCAGUAGCCAUGACCAGCGCGAGCAGCAGGCAUUUCCCCAGGCUCCGGCACAGGGUAAGGGCCUCCGGGUGGAGCCAGCGGCGACGGUGGCAGGCGCUGCUGGAGGGGAAUGGUUGCUCGCAGAUCAAAGGGCAGCGGACAAUGCAGGGGAGCCACGGUUGCAGCUGCCGGCUCAGGACGUGGGAUUGUGCUCUAUGGGCCUGCAGCUACCGCACCGGCGGCCAGCAACGCUACGUCUCCGCUGCAUCGUUCGCGACCCUGUAACCGGCUCCAUGUUGGCGACCGCACGGGGCCAUGUGGAUGAUGCGAGCUUGCCGCUGUGCCGCCCGCGGGCCCGGCACAUGGCAGCGGCGGCUGCCGGCGAGGGCACCUGCGCCCAGCCCGGUCACCUGCUGUUUGUGGAGGAGGCAGUGCUGGGCCGCGGCGCCUUCGGCUUCGUAACGCUGGUGACUGUCCUCUGUUCCAGUCCUGGAUCCACGCACGCGGUCACGGAGCGUUCCUACGCCCUAAAACGCCUGCGCCGCUCAGCCAUCAGCCCCAAGCAUGUGAUGCAGGAGCAGCAGGCCCUGCGUCUGUUGAUGACGGAGCAGCAGCUUGCCGCAUCGAGAGCCGCCGCGGAAGUUGCUGAUGGUGGCCAGCAGCAGCAGCAGGAGAAGGAAAACCUGCCGCGAGGCCGCGGCGUCUGCAGCCGUUGUGGAGGCAUCACAGGACCGCAUGCGUCCGGUGAUGAGGGUGCUGCAGCACGCUAUGGUUUGCAUGUGUGCGCGGGAUCCGCUGGCUCCUUAACGUCGUCGGCGUCGGGGUCGUCCGCUACAGCUGGGGCGCAGCGGACCGGGAGCGCUCGCUGCGCUGCUGCCGCGGUCGACGAGCAGUACCUAUAUCUGUUGAUGGAGCUUUGCUCGGGAGGUGAUUUGGACCGCCUGGUACGGACCAUGGCUCGCAAGACACUGGUGCCCCGCAGCAGCUGGCUGGCGCAGGUGGUGGGGGGCCCGGCGGUGGCGUGGCGGGGGUUGCCCGAGGCGGCUGCCAGGUUCUACGCGGCGGGUAUCCUGCUGGCGCUGGAGGAGCUGCACUCGCAUUUCAUCGUGUAUCGCGAUUUGAAGCCUGGAAACGUGCUCAUCGACGACAGCGGCUAUCCCCGACUGGCGGAUUUCGGCAUGGCCAAGGUCCUGAAUGGACCCACGGGUCGCGCCACGUCUGCUUGCGGCACCCUGGACUACAUGCUGCACCUGCACCUGACCUGGACAAGGAAUGCUCCCGAGAUCGUCAAGCUGGAGUGCGAGCAGCUGGCCAAGGAGGGCAAGGCGCAGGUGCUGGAGGACUUGGUGGAGUCGCGUGCUCUGCGACGGGUUGGGCCGGCGGGAGGGGCGGCGGCGGGCGGCGGCGGCCGCAAUGGGGAGGCAGGGCCCGGCCGGCGGCGACGCGAAGACAGCGGUCAGGGCGCGUACGGUCUUGGCGUGGAUUGGUGGUCGUACGGUGCCGUAUUGUACGUACUGUUGACGGGCUGCAAGCCCUUUUGCCCGCCUGAGGCUGAGGCGGCGGGGGAGGACCCGACCCGCGUCUUGGUCCGCAUCAUCAAUCCCUGGUACGAGGUGCCCCUGCCCGUGUACCUCAGCCCGCAUGCCAAGGACUUGCUGCGGCGGUUGCUGGUGCGGCAACCCAAGUGGCGCCUGGGCUGCGGGGGCGGGGGCGCGGAAGAAAUUCGGGCGCAUCCCUUCUUCGCGGGCUUCGACUGGGACGCCUACGAGGAGCGCAAGAUGGCGCCACCCUACCCCAUCCAGGCGGUGUCGCUGCCGCACGAACAGGAAGCCGAGUCGGUGGCAUGCUUUUUCGGCUUUUACGGCAGCUCUGUGCCGGAACAGGUGCCCAAGCCUGCGGCACCGGGGAAACCGCAGCAACAGCCGCAACAGCAGGUGCAGGCGCCACACCGCCCACAUCCUCAGCAGCCACCGACCAACUGGCUGCAGGACUUUUAA